AUGGUUGCCAACGGGGAUCUGGACGGGAAGCUGUGUUGGACGCAAGCGACGGGAGGAGAUGGCUGGCGUGGCGAGGCCCUUUGGGAGGCCCUUGGAUCAGACGGGAGAGAUGAGAGGAGAGAAGAGUCACGGGUGGAGGACGCGGAUAAAGUUGAGAUAAGGCGCGGCUCAUGGUUUGAACCUCUAGAAGAUGUCAAAGGAAAACUGAUGGGUGUCAUUAGUAACCCUCCAUACAUACCAACUGAUGAUCUACCUGGCCUGCAACCUGAAGUUGGUUGGCAUGAACCAAAAUUGGCACUUGAUGGAGGCAAAGAUGGCCUUGAUCAUUUGCUUCAUCUAUGUGAAGGAUUAUCUUCGGCACUGAUGCCUGGUGGUUUCUUUGUUUUUGAGACAAAUGGCAACAAGCAGUCAGAGUUUCUUGUCGACUUCAUUAGUACAAAGUGGAGCUCAUCUUUUUGCGACGUGGAGGCAGUUUUAGACUUUGCAGACAUCAAACGUUUUGUAAGAGGGUACCGCAGAUGA